GAGACCAUCGCGACGCACAAAUGCGAGCGUGUGUGCACUUGCAGCGUUUCCGAUAGUUAUUUGGUGCGGUGGUAUUCGGAGGGAUAUAUUAUUUGUAACAUAUUUAAAAUAUCAGCAAUGAAAAGCACGAUUUUUCUCCUAUAACCAGUGUAGACUCAGUGAUUUACUGGUAAAGGAUAGGUAAGGCAGCACAGUAUCUGAGCAGACAAUCCAGAAUCUCGACCCGGCGGACCUCCAGCAGCUGACCAGGGCGCCACCCCGCUGCGGACCGGAGCGCCGGGCUGAACCUGCCGCGGCGGCUCGCCGCCCUCACUGCCACAAACCAUGGCCACAGAGACGGACAUCGCCACGGAGGUGUCCCACUUCGAGUCGCUGCCGGCCGAGGCCUGGCUGGUGCGCUCCUGCGAGCAGUUCGAGGCCGAACUGAAGGAGUGCCGCCGACCCAAGGGCCGCUUCCACCAGUACUUCAUCCACGGCGAGCUGGCCGACUGCUCCCAGUGGCGCGAGGACGUGGCCAACUGCUACCGCUGGCGGCGCAAGGCCGACCCGGAGGCCAUGGCCGCGCUGGUCGAGAGCGAGCGCGCGCGGCGGGACGCCCGGCUGGCGGCGCACCGUGCCAACACCGUCUGGGAGUCGCGGCCGGCGCCGCCCGACGGCUGGAACGGCCCGCUGCCCGAGCACCUCGAGCGGAAGCGGCAGGACUCCUUCCUGCACCGUAUGCAGACUGAGGACGCGGCACGGGAGCGCGAGGGGAGUGAGGGCGCCGCCGCGCCGCCGCAGCCCCCAGAGACGCCGCAGCGUGCCCAGUGCGUGGUCCAGUAGUGCGGAGGUUUAGCCAAGUGUCGAGUGUGAUGAUUUAGCAAGUCAGGGAGGCCGGACAUGGCACGUGCGAUGCAUCAAUUAGUGGCGCGUACCCGGUACAGACUGUUGUGAAGCGGGGACCGACAGUGUGUUUUUAUACGCAACGAUGCUGAUACGAGGUAAUAUAUGUUCGUGGCGCUCGUUUCAAACA